CACAUGACGUUUCCUAUCAAGAUGGCGGAUAAUCUCCCUUCGGAUUUUGAUGUGAUCGUAAUAGGGACGGGUUUGCCUGAAUCCAUCAUUGCGGCUGCAUGUUCAAGGAGUGGCCAGAGGGUUCUGCAUGUUGAUUCACGAAGCUACUAUGGAGGAAACUGGGCCAGUUUCAGCUUUUCAGGGCUGUUGUCCUGGCUGAAGGAAUACCAGGAAAACAGUGAUGCUGUGACUGAAAAUUCCAGCUGGCAAGAACAGAUUCUUGACAAUGAGGAAGCUAUCCUUCUUAGUAGCAAGGACAAAACAAUUCAACAUGUAGAAGUAUUUUGUUAUGCCAGUCAGGAUUUGCACAAAGAUGUUGAGGAAGCUGGUGCACUGCAGAAAAAUCAUGCUUCUAUGACAUCCGCGGACUCCGUAGAGGCUGCAGAGGCUGCAGAGGCUGCUUGCCUGCCUACUGCAGAUGCAUCAUUAAAUACCAGGAGCUGUGAAACACUAGCAGAACAAACUCAGAGCAGUGAGCUAGAGAGUUCACUAGCAGUAAAUGACCCUGAAGAAAAAGAAAAUCAUAGUGAUGAUAAAACUACAGAAGAAGAGCCAAGUGAAAAUGUGCCUAAAGUACAAGACACCACAGAGCCACCAAAGAAAAAUAGAAUUACUUACUCCCAGAUUAUUAAAGAAGGAAGAAGAUUUAAUAUUGAUUUAGUAUCAAAACUUCUCUAUUCUCGGGGAUUACUAAUUGAUCUUCUAAUCAAAUCAAAUGUUAGUCGAUAUGCAGAAUUUAAAAAUAUUACAAGGAUUCUUGCAUUUCGAGACGGAAUUGUGGAACAGGUUCCCUGUUCUAGAGCAGAUGUCUUCAAUAGCAAACAACUUACUAUGGUAGAAAAACGAAUGCUUAUGAAAUUUCUAACAUUUUGUGUGGAAUAUGAAGAACAUCCUGAUGAAUACAAGGCAUAUGAGGAAACAACAUUUUCUGAAUAUUUAAAAACUCAAAAAUUAACCCCCAACCUGCAAUAUUUUGUCCUGCAUUCAAUUGCUAUGACAUCAGAGACAACAAGCCCCACUGUAGAUGGUCUCAAAGCUACCAAAAACUUUCUUCACUGUCUUGGGCGGUAUGGCAAUACUCCAUUUCUGUUUCCUUUAUAUGGCCAAGGAGAACUCCCUCAGUGUUUUUGCAGAAUGUGUGCUGUGUUUGGUGGAAUCUAUUGUCUUCGCCAUUCUGUACAGUGCCUUGUAGUGGACAAAGAAUCCAGAAAAUGUAAAGCAAUGAUAGAUCAGUUCGGUCAAAGAAUAAUUUCUAAACAUUUCGUUAUUGAAGACAGUUACCUUUCUGAGAACACAUGUUCCCGUGUACAGUACAGGCAGAUAUCCAGGGCAGUCCUGAUAACAGAUGGAUCUGUACUAAAAACGGAGUCAGAUCAACAGGUCUCCAUUUUGACAGUGCCAGCAGAAGAACCAGGAAGUUUUGCUGUUCGGGUCAUUGAAUUAUGCUCUUCAACGAUGACAUGCAUGAAAGGCACAUAUUUGGUGCAUUUGACUUGUGUGUCUUCUAAAACAGCAAAAGAAGAUUUAGAACCAGUAGUACAGAAAUUGUUUACUCCAUAUACAGAAAUUGAAGCAGAAAAUGAACAUGUUGAAAAGCCAAGGAUUCUGUGGGCACUGUACUUCAAUAUGAGAGAUUCGUCAGAUAUCAGCAGAGAUUGUUAUAAUGAUUUACCAUCCAAUGUUUAUGUGUGCUCUGGCCCAGAUUGUGAUCUAGGAAAUGAUAAUGCAGUCAAACAGGCAGAAACACUUUUCCAGCAAAUCUGCCCAAAUGAGGACUUCUGUCCAGCCCCACCAAAUCCUGAAGAUAUUGUCUUUGAUGGAGACAGUUCACAACAGGAAGCUUCAGAAUCCACUGUUAUAUCAGAGACCAACUCAGAGACUCCCAAGGGAAAUACAGACCUGGGAAACCCAGAGGAGCCCUCUAAGUAGUGGAUAUGCAUUAGACUUACUAUCCUAAUUUGAAAAUUCCUCUUGGCUUCAUAGUCCUGAUGGAUGGAAUAUAUGAAAACUUAGAAAGCAACAACCAAUAGGCAAAAUUACAAGACGAAAUGAGUCCUAGAAAUCUAAAGGGCAAUUUUCUUCAAAGAGGGCAUUUCUGGGAAAUUAAUACACUUAUAAAGCACAUUGACUUGCCUGUUUUAAGAUAGCAAGCCUGUGAGAUUAGCAUUCCUGGGAAUGUAGCUAUAAUAUUAAAGGGAUCCUAUGCAUUGUAAGUAAUUAUGUGGUAUUCACAUAAAUUUGCCACAUCUGGAGAGUCAGCUCUCAUACUUAUUUUGAUUAUUUGAAUUAUAUUUUCAUUCUAGGUAUGAUAUAACAGAUAAAAGCAUAUGUAAAUACAAUAAAGUAAAGCUAAACUAUCGUAAUCUGGCCAGAAGCCUAUAUUUGGAGUAAAAGUUGGUUUUAUUUUAUAUGUUAAAAACUGAAAAUGUUAAUACUAAGGUGUUUAGAUGAUUUGCUAGUCAUGAUUUGUUAGUAAGUAGUGACUUUGGUGUAAUAUUAUAUACACUGGCUAAAGGUUAAAGAUGAAACAUAAGAAUGGAAGCAUACAUUUGGAUAAGAUCAGUGAUCCUUCAUGAUUCUACUAAGUCAGAGUAAUGGAAGCAUUAACCUUGUUCACAGAACUAAUUUGGUCUUGGCUAUGCUACUUAAAAUAUUGGGCAGCUUGUUUAACUUCUUAUCUUCAGUUUCUACAGAUCUAAAGUGAACUACUGUGUCAGAGUAGUUAUGAAGAGAAAUGUAGCACCAUCCUUAGAGUGGCUCCUCUGGAAACACACUGUAACUUUCCCAUUGGUUGACCUGUGGGUAAAUAUCAAACCAACCUCACGAUCACAGUGUUACAUGUAUUGCGCUAAUUUUUUUAAAUGCAACCUGGUGGUGGUGGCACACACCUUUAAUCCCAGGAGUUGCGAGACAGAACCAGGUGGAUCUCUGUGAGUUCGAGGUCAGCCUGGCCUACAAAAGCUAGUUCCAGGACAGCUAGGACUGUUACACAGAGAAACCCUGUCUCAAAAAACUAAAAAGGAAAAGAAAAAAAAUUAAAAUACAAGUCUGUUUCCUAAACUCAUUAGUAACAAGUGGAUUGGUAGUUUUUAAAGUCUUAGAAAUACUUUAUAAAUUCAUAUUCCUCUUCUGCAGCUAAAUAUGAGAUCAUGGAAAACUAAACAGAGUCUGACAGUUAAUAUACUGUAAUACACUCUUUACAUGAAAAUAUGAGGGCUAUACAAUGGCAGCAAACCUAUUUGCAAUGCCUUCAUUUAAAUUUCUCUUGAGCUCUGAUGGUCUAUUUUCUUUGAGCAAUAGUUUGGACCUAGAACUGCCUGUAAAUAAAUAAACAAUAAAUAAACCCAGUGCUUCCUGUCAGGGAGCCAUGGCUCCAGUGAAAAGCACAGAGUUCUUCAUGUGCAGCUGGUUCCUGGCCUGGCCAGGUUUCAGAGAAGAUCUCAAAGGAAGCUCCCAGCAGAGUCUUGAUAAAUGGAAAAAUCCAAGGACUGUUGCUCUUGCUGACCCCUUCAGAUUGAAUUGGAUUAAGAAAAACAGGGAAAGCGUCCCAGACUCCCAUACUGCUCUUCUCAGGCUGCCUGCACUCCGGCUGUACAGCCCUCUCCUCUGUAGUACCCCUUCCCUUUUGUAAUGCCACACAAAUCAGGGACAGAUUCACGUUAUGACCUACUUUGUCACAAAGCGUCAGCUCUUCAGUCAGCUGUUGUUUCCUGAAGCCCAGCCAGGGCAUGCACUAAAGCCAAGUACAUACCUGUACUGCAUCAGGUAUUGGUCCUGCCUCUCCAUGCCAGCAAUAGAAAAGUUUCUCUUAGACGAGAGUAUUAAGUUGGAAUACAAUCACAGUAAAGUUGCACCAAUAAAAAUGUUAUACUUUGUUAUAAUCUAGAGUUAAGGUCUCCUAAAUGCAGCAUGCACGUUUAUCUAAGGAGACAGUUAGGCUCUUAGAUAGGCUUAGAGUAACUAGAAACCUCUGGACACUGCAGCAGUGUAAAUUGUUGAGCAACUGUGUUAUGCUUUCAUGGCCUAGCUCAUACUGUAUCUUUUUUCAUUCCUUCGAUGUCAUCAAAACCAAUUGCUCUUCCUCGUCAUUUACUAAAUAUAUUGUUGAAAUGCUUAAAGCUCCUUAAAUACCAUGAAACUUUUUUAAAAUUGUGGACAAUUCUGCCUAUUUCCUGUCACCUCAGAAUGCAAUAUGAAACAUUUUAAGAGCUUUUUGUUUUCUUAAUUACUGCAAGGAAAUACUUGAUUUUACUGUUUGAAGUUUCAAACAAUACUAACAACAGACAUUAAGAUAGUGUUGUAAAACCAUAGAUCUCAUAUGAAGAAAAUUUUUUUAUAUAAUGCAUAUGUUUCAGUAAUUUCAAAUUUGAAAGUUGCUGUAAUCAAAGGAUUUAUACUUGUAUGUUCAAAAUAUUUAAAUAUGCAUGCCUGUUUCUUAGUAACCAAAAAUCCUAUCAUGAAUUUAAGUGAUUGAUAUCAGAUCCAAUAACUAAUCCUAUGUUGCUUUUGUAUAUUUUUUCUAAUUGGUGUGCCUGCCCAAGAAAAAAUAAACAAUAGAUGUCACUUUCUAUUUUUCUAUAGCAAAAUGGUCACCACAUCAUGGGUAACUUAUAGAAUAGUGAAAAUUUCUAAAAUAAUAUCAAUUAUAAAGUUGAUUGUUGACAAUUAUUAAUUUCUGACAAGAUUGUUUCUAGAUUUCUUGUCUUCAAUUUUGUUUUCUAGUUCCUAAAUAGUAGCAAUCAUUUAAAGAAAUUUAAACCAUUUUCUUGCAAAUUACUUAUGCACUGUUAUUGGUAUUAAAUAAUUUGUCUUUUGCUCAGUAAACUUUCUUAUAUGUAUUUGAAAAAGCAUGAAUAUAUAAUUGCAUACUGUAACAGGAAGUUUUCAGAGGAAAUAAAGACUUUCAAUGUCUUUCCACUGUAA